AUGGCUUCCCCUGCCGCGAGGCAAGUGCCGCGGCUGCAUUCGAUGGGCCGGGCGCUGGCAGCAACCCCCAAAAGCCAGGCUGUCGUCAUGCCCUCUUUCCAGCUGCAUGGCCCUGGGAAUCCGACUCUUCUCGUUUUGGUCCACGGUACUAAAUAUCAGAUGAGUCCGGCGACCAGCCAGAGCGGCUCGCUCUGGCGGAACCCAUGUGUCGGAGGCACGCUGGCGGGCAACUACCGAGUAGGACCGGAUUACAAUGUCGACUACGCGCCGCAAGACCCGCAUCCGGGGGAGCAGGCCCAGACUCCGCACCCAUAUGACGCGCACCACCAUCGAGCCUCGCUCCAGCAUGCCGGGCCGUCCUCUCUUCACGAACCCGCUCCCCAUCCAUCUCACCACGGUUUACCCCAACACUACGCCGCCCACCACCCCCAUCCGAUCCUCACCGAUCCGAGCCACCUGGCUGGGCACCCGUCGGCCCGGCAUAUGGGGCAUCCGGGACCGUCGCACUUCGGCGCCGGUCCCUCGCCCCACACCGCUGUGGCACCCCUCUAUCCAUCUCUAACUCCGACACACGGCCAUACUGCGGGAGUAAAGCGGCCACGGCCCGACGACCUCGACCUCUCUGUCCCUGGCAUGCCCGACCUCGAACACAGCGAUCUAGAGUCGAUGCAGCAGACACCCAUGGGCACCGCUUACGCACAGGCCUCCGCCCCGCCCACGCAUCACCACCAUCGGCUGCCAGACACCGGGCCGCCUAACAAAGUCAUGCGACGGGACGGAGAUAGCAGCGGCGGAGGAGCCCCGAGCAUGGUGGGUCAGAUCGGGAUGCCAGCACCCGCUCCGCGGCCGAGAGGUCCCAAGCUGAAAUUUACCCCGGAGGAUGAUCAACUCCUGGUCGACCUCAAGGAGAAUAAAAACCUAACCUGGAAACAAAUUGCCGACUUUUUCCCCGGAAGAUCGAGUGGGACCCUCCAAGUGCGGUACUGUACGAAACUCAAGGCCAAGACAACGCAGUGGACAGACGAGACGGACCAGAAGCUCAAAACGGCACUCCAGGAUUACGAAAACGAAAAGUGGCGCAUAAUCGCCAACAAGGUCGGCACGGGUUUUACACCGGCAGCUUGUCGUGAACGGGCAGCGCAGUUGCCGGGCGAGAACUUAUAGCAAUCGCUGUCUCCGCCAGGGGCUUCGGCUCCUGUGGCAGGGGACACCACUGUUUAUCCGUCACAGCUCUCG